GGUUUCACUUCUGCCAACCAAAACAAAGAGGCAUUUGGAAUCCUCCCAGUGUUUAUUACUCUUAACUCGGACACACGGAAGACAAGUUGACUUUUUGCACGAUGACAAAAGCUUGUACUUUUUAUUACACGGUUCUGACCGUGUUAUGUCUGAGUGAAUCAGCCACUAGGACAUAUUACAUAGGGAUCAGAGAGUUAUACUGGAAUUAUGCUCCAAGCGAACGGAAUCUAAUCAGUGGCCAUGAUAUCAGACACGAUGAGUAUGCCUCUACUUAUCUGUUAAACUGUGCAAAGCGGACCGGUAUUGUGUAUAAAAAAGCUGUGUAUAAACAGUACACAGAUAAUACUUUCACCAAUGAGGAGCGUAAGCUGGACAUGCUGGGGUUCCUUGGACCCGUAAUCCGUGCAGAAGUAGGUGAUGAGAUCGUAGUGCAUCUGAGGAACUUUGCAUCCCGGCCUUAUUCAAUCCACCCGCAUGGCGUCCUGUACAAGAAGAACUCUGAAGGUGCAUGGUAUCCGGAUGGUACGUCUGGUGGGAAUAAGAGUGAUGAUGCUGUGGCUCCAGGACACACCUACACGUACACAUGGAUUGUAACAGAAAAUUUUGCUCCUACAGAGAAAGACUCCGACUGUCUUACAUCAAUGUAUCACUCUCAUGUAAAUGCACCCAAAGACAUAGCAGCAGGACUCAUUGGAGUGUUACUCAUCUGCAAGAAGGGAGCUCUGGACCAAUCUGGACAUCAACAAUCCGGCGUGUCUCAUGAGUUUUUGAUGUUCAGUGCAGUGGAUGAAAAUCUUAGCUGGUAUCUUGAAGAAAAUAUUAAAGAGUUCUGCCCUGAACCUGAGAAUAUCACAGGGGAUGAAGACUUUCAGAAUUCAAACCGGGUGCACUCAAUAAAUGGUUUUGUUUACGGAAAUUUGCCAGAACUGCGAGUGUGUCUCGGUAGACCAGUGUUUUGGCAUCUUUUUGGUAUUGGAAAUGACAUAGAGCUUCACUCCGUCCACUUCCAUGGCCACACCCUGCUCAACCAAGGUCAUCGUACUGAUGCCCUUAAUGUGUUUCCUGCCACUUCAUUCACUGCAAAAAUGGUGCCCAAUACGAAUGGGAAGUGGUUGUUUGGGUGCCAAGUUGGAGAUUACAUGCAUGCAGGUAUGCAGGGUCUUUAUGAGGUGUCUUCAUGUGAAAAUGAUCCUGCACCCACUGUGCAGUCUGGUCAUAUCAGACGUUACUACAUCGCAGCAGAGGAGAUCCUUUGGAAUUAUGCCCCCUCAGGGAAAAACAUACUGACCAAUAAACCACUUAAUGAAGAAAACAGUGACUCUAACGAAUUCUUUAGUACAGAAGAUGGAAAGCUGGGAGGGAAGUACUGGAAGAUUAGAUACACUGGGUACCACGAUGACACAUUCAAAUCCAAGAUCAAUCAAAGUGGUUCAGAUGAUCACCUAGGCAUUCUGGGUCCUGUGAUCAGAGGAGAGCCUGGUGAUGUCAUUGAGGUGACAUUUCGAAAUCUGGGGCGUCGUAACUUCAGCAUGAAACCUCAUGGCGUGUCGUACGACAAAGCUUACGAAGGUAUGAAAUAUCAGGACGUUAAUACAUUCAAAGCCUUAAUUGAUUUAAAGAAGGCACUGUAUGACUUACUGUUACUCAUUCCAAAACAAACCCAACUAACGCAGAGGACUUUGACCUCUUCAGGUUCUCAGAAAGCAGGUGCCAGUGUCGCACCAGGUCACACAUUUACAUAUCGAUGGAGGGUGACAGAAGGUCCUUCACCCAGUGACCCACCCUGUCUGUCAUACUUGUACUACUCUGCUACAGAUCCUGUCAAUGACACCAACUCUGGUUUGGUGGGACCGUUGCAGGUGUGCAAGAAAGGAGUUCUGGAUGAGAGUGGACGACAGCAUAUAGGGUCAGAGGUGCAAAAAGAGUUUUUCCUUCUCUUCAGUGUGAUGGAUGAGAAUAAAAGCUGGUAUCUCCAGAAGAAUAUUGAAGAGUUUGGUGGUGAUGAGUCAGACAAAGAUGAUGUACUAUUUCAAGAGAGCAAUAAAAUGCACUCGGUGAAUGGUUUCAUGUACGGAAACAUUCCUGAUCUUUAUUUGUUUGAGGGGGACCAUGUUGUGUGGCACUUGAUGGCCCUGGGCUCAGUGGAUCUUUUUGCCAUUUACUUCCAGGGCAACACGUUUAAGCUGGAUAACACUACACAUAACACACUCAGUCUCUUCCCUCACUCCAGUGUCACCGUCUCCAUGACACCUGACAAUAAUGGACUUUUUGAGCUGAGCUCUCUUAUACCUUAUCACUACCGUGCUGGUAUGCGGCAGCUGUACACCGUCAAACGCUCCACACCGAGUCAGAACCCAGACCCAGAGGCUACAACCUUUAAGCCUGAUGUGUAUUUCUAUAUAGCUUCUGAAGAAGUGGAGUGGAAUUACGCACCAAACCGCACAUGGGAGUCGGAGAAAUUUAACACAACUCUCAGCAAUAGUCCUGGAAGCGUUUACCUAAAUAAAUCUAAGAAUCGGAUUGGGCCUGUAUACAGAAAGGUGGUGUACCGCAAGUACACGGAUGAGACCUUCACAAAACAGGAUGCCAGGGGUCCUGAUGAGGAGCAUUUGGGAAUUCUGGGUCCCAUUCUCAGGGUGCAAGUCGGUGAGAAGGUCCAGGUUGUGUUUAAAAACAAAGCCAAACGAAACUAUUCAGUUCACGCUCAUGGAGUGAAAAGCAAUACGGCUCAACCUGUUAGUCCAGGUAACACAGCAAGGUAUAACUGGACUAUCAGUUCCGGUCCUGAACCCAAUGAGUCAAACUGUACAAUCUAUCCUUAUUACUCAUCAGUGAACUUUCUGAAGGAUUUGGCGAGCGGCUUGGUCGGGCCAUUGGUAGUGUGUCGUAAGGGGACUCUGAACAGCACAAGACAGCGAAGUGAUGUGGAAAAAGAAUUUGCUCUUCUCUUCAUGGUGUUUGAUGAGAACGAAUCGUGGUAUCUGGAGGAGAAUAUAAACACUUACCUGGGCAAUAAUACUGUCGACAAAAAUGAACCACGUUUUUUAGAAAGUAAUCUGAUGCACGGUAUCAAUGGAAAGCUGUAUGCUAAUUUGAACGGUUUGAGGAUGCGCCAGGGAGAUAGGACCGAGUGGUAUUUAAUGGGACUGGGGAGUGAGGAAGAUGUGCACACAAUACACUUUCACGAUCAGAGCUUCAUAUACAAGACGGAUCAGCCCCAUAGAGCUGACGUGUACGGCUUGUUCCCUGGAACCUUUAAGACUGUUCAACUGCGGGCUGGAACUCCAGGAACGUGGCUCCUCCACUGCCACGUGUCAGACCACAUCGACUCUGGCAUGGAGACGACUUUCACUGUGUAUAACAAAGCCUGGACAAAUGGCUUCGUGAACAGAUUUGCAUCUUUUUCAGGCUUCGUGUUUCUGCAGUGGUUUAGCCGAAUAAUGCCAGCCAUUAUACUCACCUACUGGCUUCAGUGACUCAAAGGAAGCGAAGGAUUCAUUUUACUUCACUACUCACUGUGAAAUCAUGCUUUGGGCUGUCUGUUUAAACACUGUAUUUUUAUGGUACGUUUUUAUUAGGAUUUUUUUGUAUAUCUGAGACUAGCUAGAUUAUAAAAUAGUAUGUACUGUAUGAAUGCGGAUUACUGUAGAGCAAAACAAAAAACAAUGUAAGUACAGUAUUGAAUGAUAACAAAAUUGUUUGCAUGUGCCUUUAUAUGUCUUGUGCAUGCCUUUAUAUGUCUUUAUAUGUCCAACUGGUAUCAAAAAUAUAUUUAGAAUGAAUACAAUCACACUACUGAUUUUUUAAUCCAUUAAGUUCAUGCGGUUUAUAUCCGUUAUUGAAUCUUUUGGAUCUAGGUUAUUUUUCUCCCAUUCUUAAGAGAAGUUUAAAAAGAACAGAUUAUUCAUCCAGUCUAGUUUGCACAAUAAACAAGUCGGAAAGUCACAAAAAACAUUCAGAGCGAGGAACAAUGUAUUGUAGCCGGACAACCUACAGAGAUGUUUUAGGAGGUCGGACAGAAUUAAACAAAAUACAGGAAAUCAAAGCAAACACUGAGAACAAGCAAACGUCUGAUAAUAUAGAAUAUAUUGAAGUGCUAUUUAAUAUAUUUUAUGUGCUUUGGAUUUUUUAAAGAGAGAAUUUAAGUUAUUUAAAUCAUUUUGUGCUGUGUUUAAGUGGAUUAAAGUUGACUUAUAAAAGAC